AAUGGAGGGAAGAAUUCCUGUAUAUGUAGAUGGAUCGUGCUCGUUCAACGGCAAUAUUAGGGCUAGGGCCGGAAUUGGAAUCUGGUUCGGGAAAAAACACCCCUUAAACACCUAUCAAACCCUUGACAGAACACGAGCCACAAACAUCAUCGCCGAGACGGUUGCCGCCGUUGAAGCAUGCAAAAUCUGCCUAAGGCACGACAUCCAAAAAAUCAACAUCUUCACAGAUUCCAAGUACCUGACCAGCUCCAUGACUCAACAUCUUUUUAAAUGGAAACCUAAUGGUUGGCUAACCUUCAAGGGCAAACCAGUAGCGAACCAACAAUUGCUACAACAACUAGAUCAACUGAUGCAGCAGUUAGACGUCCAACUAACCUACAUACCAGGACACAAGGGAAUACAUGGUAUCGAACGAGCGGACGAACUAGCAAAGCUGGGAUCUAAAAUCCAUCAGUAACCACCUAAUAAAGCACUAAGCCCAAGGCCAUAUUGAACCACAGCUAGCCACCCAACCUCACUUAAAAGAAAUUAAGAAUACAUAAUCAUAUGAAAAUCCAUUCCCCCCCCCCGCAGACAACAACAUCAAUAUGAAAUAUUUCAAUACCAUCCUAUAGAUAAUAUUUAGAUGGACCAUAAUUAUCCAAGAAACGGAAGGCGCUGGGGUAUACCAACUACAUCCAAUCCCCCAUAAUCCAGGGUUGUACUAUGAAAAAAUUGAUCAAAUCCGGAUGAUAAAUAAUAACUGGCAACUCCUCAUUACUAUCGACCUAGGAAGUCUGACAGGACUGUCCCUACCAGGAAAUCAGUUAGUUGAUGAACUCCUACAGGAAUGCCGACAACUAAGGACUGAGACGGAAUGCCACAAGGCAUUAGGAAUCACCAUCAUGAACGACUACAACAAGGAACUCAGGCACACCCAAGAACAUCUUGUAAAAAUCCUAGAAGCUCCACAAGAACACAUCCGUAAUCGGCCAAGAAGAUCUCCUUUCGUCUGAUUCAUCGGUUCAAUUGGCAGAAAACUGUUCGGCACCAUGGAUUACAACGAUUACGAACACAUUACGAAAGAAAUCGACAACAUAUACAAUGACCAGAGGACGAUCACGGAUUUCAUCGGAAAUGACACUCACAUAAUCCAGGCAGAGAUCAACACCAUGAAAAGGAACCAUGAGAAUAACACACUAAGAAUACGGAGAACCGAGGAGGAAAUGAGAAUAGUAAUAGCUCAAUCCAACAUAAUCCUACAACAAUUGAACAACACCUAAUACCUCGAACAUCUGAUGAACAUCGCCAAGGAAGCAGAAUAUGGAGCUCGAACAUACGUCCAAACCGCCACUAAAACCGUAUCGGCCAUAGAGGACGCCAGACGCGGUAUCCUGCACCCUCUCCUCAUUAACACCAAUCAACUAGCGAAGGUAACAGAGGAAAUCGAAAGGUCAACACCCGAUACAAUUUUCCCGAUAGCAAAGGAGAAAAUUGACCUGGCACUGCUGAGCCAAAUCAGUGACGUACAAACAGCAUACCAUGACAAAAAAUUCCUGAUCAUCAUCGAGAUACCACUCAUCUCCAGGAACCAAAUGGAAUUAUACAAAAUGGUCCCCUGCAAGGUUCCACAGAAAAUCCAAGGAAACCGGAGCGUUGCCGCCUACAUCGAACCAGCCAAGAAAUACAUUGCACUCUCCCAACAUGAUGCCUAUUACACCCAUUUCGAUGAAGACUACUUAAACUCCUGCAUCCCAUUCGAAAAAUGCCUGGCCUGUCAGAAGGGUAUACCACUGAGGAAAGCUGGCAACCGCAACAGCUGCGAAUACCGCCUACUCACCAAUACGGAUGUGGCACUAAACUCAAAAAUCUAUCAGGAUUGCAACGUGAAGAUCACCAAUGAUCUAGAAACACAGUGGACACGACUCACCAGCAGCAAGGGAUGGCUAUACUCGACCAUCGAGCCGGAAAGACUGGAAAUUACCUGCCAUAACCAACCCUCGGACAGCGUGAUAUUAAACGGAUCAGGGAUGCUCCAUCUCAACCCGAACUGUACCGCGGAGACCUCCCCAACUAUCCUUGAGGGUGCAGGACUGGUCGGAUACCAACUCCCAGUGAUCCUUGGUAUACCUAAAACAAUUAACAUCUCAGAAAUAGCACCAGUCCUAAACGACCUGCCAAAACCCCUAAGCCCUAUGUCAACCCGGAGACAAUACGUCUUACCCGACACGGCCAAAGAUCGCCUAUUCGACGAUUCGCUGCAACAAACCGUAGACGAAGCAGAGAAAAUAGGGCUACACCACCAAGAAACCUAUUACCACCGCAUCUUCACAGCAACCAACGGGACCAUCACCCUGGUGCUUACCGUGGUAAUGGCCGCAGUGGGGUACGGCACCUACAAAAAGGCAUUCUCCCUCCUCAACGUUCUCGCCUGCUGUUGUCGAAGAUCCAAAAGAGCGAAACAGCAACCUGCCAGAGCAAUCGUCCGACGACCCGGCAUUCAGGGACUCUACGAAGAACCGAUCAGCACCAUCUCGAUGCCCGAAUUAACUCUGACAACAGUACCAAGAAUACCAGCACUGCAAGCAGCGGAAGUCCAACGGAACCCCCGUAACAGCGCAAGCCACACCCAAUCCUUCGUCACCGUGGAUUACGCGUAACAGUGUAUCUCCAAAUAAAAAAAAAAAAAAGGAGGCGAAGAUAAGGCUAAAAAUCAAACAAAUAGACAAUAAUUUGGGAAUAACACGGGUUUAUGAAAAAAAAAAAAAAAAAAAAAAACAUAUUGUGACGAGGCAACAUAACCUUAGAGGGUAUGUUGAUUUUCCCCUCCGCACCCCCCCUAUUUUUACCAUUAUUUAUAUACUCAUCUAUUCACGGUUGGAGAACCCCUUCCCCUUCCCCCGAUCCCCUACUCGCCGCGCUCGGACAGCGCGAGAAACACCGAACGAAGCACCACUGAAGAAUGGAAUGACGUAGGCCGUCCCCCUCCUUCCCGCGGUCCCCUACUCACCACGCUCACACACGAAAGAAGGAAGAAGACGAUGACGUAGCGCGUCCCCCCCGCCGCAGCCCCCUUUUCACCACGCGCUGCAGGACAACGGGCGCACACGCACGUUGCGUAGUGCGUCACCCCGCCGCCCUCGGCCCACGAAGAUGCCCACAAGCAUCGAUCGGUGGAUCAGGGGAAGGCGAAUAACUCACCCCGGAAAUCGACGAAAAUGGGCCGAGGACCCCCGAAUACUUCGAAGAGUUCCUCAAGUGGCCAAUUACUCGUCACUCGUCGUUCAGCUAUCAAUCAAGUAAUAUAGUGCGCCCCGUCAUUCAAUAUAAUAAAUCGCGGAGAAUCAGUGAAGUGGCCCAGGAGUUCAGAGCUAGAAGAAAGGCUCAUCCUGAACCAGGAUCCACCUGUUGCCCUCCAGGAAGAGGCUUGAGACCCGGAGGACCAGAGAUAAGGAGGACAGAACCCCCAGAAAUAAGGAAAAUUGGCAUCACCCGAGUGAGUACCCUUUCUUUUCCCCUCAUCGCCCAGCGGCAUCAUCUCCCCCAAUUACGUUUCCCGGAACCCCUCCAACGGUGAUAAUUAACUUUAUUCUUUUCUAGUUAUCAUUAAUCUCAUCAUUGUAUUAUUCGUAUUAUUAUUAUUAUUAUUGGAUCCCUCAAUUCUCCCCCUUUUGUUUCAAAUGUAGAGCCACCCCCUUUUUUCUUUGUAUAAUAUAAAAAGUGGUCCGACAAGUGACCUGCCUGCCCCCCACCCCUGAGAAUUCCAAGAAACAGGCAUUAUCUUCUUUAUUGUAAUCUGGACAUACUAUUGUAAAAUUCUAUUGAUUAUUAUUGAUAAUUGAAUAAACAAUUUAAUAUUAACAGCCUCUGCCCCUUUUUAAUUAAUAUCUGACCCGCCCUCUAAUUGUAUAAUUAAUAAUUAGACAAAAGGUCACAAUAUAAAUAUAUAUAUAUAUAUAUAUAUAUACAUAUAUAGAGGGGAAAGGAAUACUCAUCCUCCAUACACACAAAUAGCAAUAGAACCUCAUAAGUCAUUCUAAUAGCCUAUGCUUCAGGAACUGGUCCUCAGAUUCACCCGGUUCAGUGACCCAGCGCCUCCACCGACCGUAAUUGACAUGCUAAUCAAGUCACACCCCCUACUUACCGACAUCUGCAAUUUAAAGAUUAACGCGCAAGCCGGAACCGUUAAAAGAGUAAUAAUAAUAAUAAUAAAUAAUCCUAAUUUUCCGAUAAAAUCUCAUCCAAAAAUGGAAAAGAUUUUCUCCGCGGGAGCUGUAAUGUCCAGAUUAUUUUUAACAAUUCCGCGACAUAAUUAAUUUAAAUAUCAAAUGAUCAAAAUUAAGUCAAUGAACCACCGCCACAGCAAGUUCACAGAAACCCGCCACUGAACUCGGGGGAAUGUGCAACGCUGCAUUUCGCAAAGGCCAUCGCCACCCAAAACUCGUAAAUUGGAAAUUUUUUUAGCAAACCGAGCCAAGUCAAUGAACUUAAGGGGUUAUUCUCAUGUGAGCACUUCAAAAAAUCGAUUUUUUUUUUUUUAGAUAUUUUGACAGUAAAACCUAUUGAAAACAUACUGUGAAAAAUUCAGACCGAAAUUCAUAGUAUUUGAUAAGUUACAGCUCAUAGUCGCCGAUGUGUCGUAAGCGAUUGUCUACCAGGCUUUCAACUUUAAACGCGUUUUUCUCGAAUCAUCAUUUUCUGAAACGGUCAAGGUCCUACAAGAAAAAGUAUUCAACCGAUUGCUUUAAAAUUUACAUAUGUUCUUCUACUCAUUUAUAGUUAUCGUCCCUACCACAAUUGUUUAUUUUCGACAAUAUCUUCAUAUAUUUUUUAAACGAUUUGUAACGAAAAAGAAGGAGAUUUUCGUGAUUUUUUUUUUGAAGUUCGAUAUUUUUUUUUGUUUUUAAUGAAAUUGAUUAUAUUUGGUAGGGACGAUAGCCACAGAUCUACUGAAUAAUAAUCCAUUCGAUUUUUUUAUCUCAGACAACAUGAACAGCCGCUAUCACCUUGACCAGUGAACUACCUUUUUUUGUUGGUGACUACUUUGACUUUAAAAAAAUAUAUGUUAAAAAUGUAAAAAACGAAAAAAAAAUUUUUUUUCGUAUAUUUCAAAAUACAAAUAAAAAUAUAUUGAAAAAUCAACAUGAUUGAAGUUUGUUGUCGCAUAAAAAAAAAAUUCCGAAAAACUGGUAAAAUAUAGGCGUUCACAUGAGAAUAACCCCUUAAAUCAAAGAAGUGGCAAUCACGCCACCUCCCCCACUCCAAUCAAAAUUCCCAAUUUCCAAGGAAGUAAUAGCAGAGCCAUCCCAAAAAAUAAUCAGUCUGGAAAAACCCGCUCACGGAAGAGCUACGAUUUCCUGGCGGAAAUACUAUUAAAAUCGGUCCGGUUUUAGCUAAAGUUUCGGAGUUAAUCUUUAAUUAAACAUUCGGAGUGUUCCUGACUAAAAGUAAGGAACAUUAUUUAGCAAUUAUUCGGGGAUACUGCAUCCUUAAGGCAAUAAUAAAUAUUUUCCUGCAUAUUAAGGGGACUGGUGGUAACCUUUGGUGAAUGGUGGGUGGACUCAACCAUAGUUAUACUUGUUAAUUAAAAACUACAGAGCCUGGACUCAAGUCAAUAAAUAAAAAAUCUACCAACAACUAAGUGAAAGACAGUUACUCCACCUGAGUAUCUGUGAUAGUGUACUCUUGGUCAUCUGGCAGAGAAAAAAGGUGGAAUCACCCCAAGAAUUCGCAACCCAGAAUUAGCAAUCGGUCGCAGUAAGAACAAAAAGAAAAACCAGCGUCGUCCAAUAAUUUAAUCAACACAUUCUAGCUUGGGAGCAAGGGCAAAUGUCCUUCGACGCUAAAUAUCUCCGGACAUAACAAGAUGAACUCGAUGAGUUUUUGAAAUUUGACGCAAGCUUAAAUCCACAAGAUGACAGCAAUGUGGAGAAUUAAAAAGUUGUUAUCGAACAACAAGUUAAUUUGAAAGAUAUCAUGGAAAUGGAAGUGGGAAGAGUGGAAAACUGGGAGGCAACAAUACCCAUCAUUCUUGGUGCAUUAAUCAAGAAACAUGUCGAGAUUCAUUACAGCGGGGUCGGCAGGAAGACUGUUCAUGGCUUUAAGAAAGAUUUUAGUGCGACGUUCACGUAUAAAUAUUUGACAGACUACUUGAAAGUCAAAUAUAAUUUGCACAGUGAGAAACCACAAAAAUUGCAUAUUGCUUCUAAAGUCGGAAAAUUCCUAUGGGGUGCUGCUGAUUGUGAAGGUGGAGCUUCUGCAAGAAAUAAAACAGGCUUCACUUCGAACCAUGACUCCGAACCAAGACUGAAAUUUACAUCCUUUGAGAAGUAUGAGACUUGUAUUAGCUGGGAGAAGACUUUUUCAUGAGAUUAGAUUAAUGUAAAAGUAUCUAUUGAUCAAUUCAAAUAUUGUGUGACCUUUUUUUAAAUAUUUAAUAAUAAUUGCAGUAAUCGAAAUAAUAAGUAGAAUGUUCACCGUUGGAAGAGGUUUGCUGGAAGAUAUAAAGGGGGGAAUUAUGCCACUUGGUAAAGGGGAAAAGGAAGGGUACUCACUUCACUCGGUCCUCGGGGGAUGAUGGUAGUUCGGUUUUCCAGGGUUUUCCUCUUCUCCAAUUGCUGGGGCUGUCCAACCUUCUCCUGGGGGAACAAGGUUCAAAUCUGGCCCAAAUCCGCCUGUCUUCCGUCUCUGAUUGUCUCUGAGUCACUUGUAGCGAACAAUGGAUUCCACUUAUACGCGAGAUUUACUAAUUAAUAGUCACAACUAACUCCAAGACAGCUCAAUGACGAGUGUCGAUUAGUGGGGCACUUGAGGAUCUGCUCGAUGUAUGCGGGAGUCCUCGGCCCAUAUUCGUCCCUUUCCGGUGACACAAUAAUGACGUCCCUGUGAUCCACUUUUUUUUAUGAUAAAAGAGUUUUUAUUAAACACAACCAUAUUUACAGAUGUAUGUACAAACUUAAAACUAGCCAAAAAAAC